UUCAACCAGAGAGCGUGAGUUGGUGUGAGUGCUGGGUGACGUCGGGACGUCGAAUUCUCUUUUUAAAUCGACAGAUCAAAAUGAUUCCAUCAGGACAAUAUAUUAUAUAGGACACACUGACACACUUAGUCCAGUUUAGUUCCUCAGUCCAGAAUGGCAAAUACUGCUCACUUUGUCCGGCGGCAAAGCUCUCGGGAUCUGCACAGCCAGAGAUCCAUAGAUCGGUUGGAAUUGAAAGAAAUGAAAGGACGAUUAGUGCCUAUUGAAAAUGGAAGCUCCAGUGCAUAUGGUGCGACGAAUAUUGCCUUCGAAGACACUAGCCCGGGCACUAAAAUUAAGUCGACGUGUAGCAGCAAAAGAGGGUCGCAGGAUGGUAAAGGUAUUUUUAAGCCUGAUUGUGAAGAGGAAGACAGAGAAUCUUGGGACAGCAAGCUAACAUUUCUUCUGGCAACCGUGGGAUAUGCGGUAGGUUUGGGAAACGUAUGGAGAUUUCCAUAUCUAGCGCAAAAAAAUGGAGGUGGCGCAUUCCUGAUUCCCUACUUUGUGAUGUUGGCAAUUGAAGGUAUACCCAUCUUUUACUUAGAACUAGCUAUCGGGCAAAGGCUACGAAAAGGUGCUAUCGGCGUUUGGAAUCAAGUAUCUCCGUUUUUAGCAGGAAUUGGUAUCAGCAGUGCUGUGGUAUCCUUCAAUGUUGCUCUGUAUUAUAACACGAUCAUAGCCUGGUGCCUGUUCUACUUUUUACAAAGUUUCCAAUCUCAAUUGCCUUGGGCAGAAUGCCCCAACGUGUAUUUUCCGAAUGGUUCAUAUACGCAAGAAACGGAAUGCGUGGCCAGCAGUCCUACUCAAUUCUUCUGGUACAGAACAACUUUAAUGAUAUCGGAAGACGUAAAUACACCAGAGGCCUUCAACUGGAAAAUUGCCCUCGCCCUAGUCGUAGCUUGGAUACUUGUCUACUUGUGCAUGAUAAAGGGGAUCGCAUCAUCGGGAAAAGUGGUUUACGUUACGGCCACUUUCCCUUAUAUAGUUCUUAUUAUUUUCUUUUUCCGGGGUAUUACGUUAAAGGGCGCUUCGGAUGGACUGCGACAUUUAUUCACGCCAUCCUGGCACAUUAUCUUGGAUCCCGUAGUCUGGCUGGAGGCCGGAACUCAGAUUUUCUUUUCGCUUGGACUGGCUUUUGGCGGAUUAAUUGCAUUUUCGUCCUAUAAUCCAGUAAACAACAACUGCUAUCGAGAUGCAAUAAUGGUGUCUAUGACCAACUGCUUUACGUCCAUGUUUGCGGGUAUCGUAGUUUUUUCCAUCAUCGGCUUCAAGGCCACUAUGACCUACGAAAAGUGCUUGGAUGAUAAGAACAAGACCCUUAGCAGUCUACUCGGAGAAAAUUACGACCCUCAACUCAUUCUGCCUGAAGCUGGAUCGAUAUUCAAUUUUUCGGAUGAAAAUGGAGCCCUAAAAAGCAUUAUCGUGCCCGUUCUACAGGUGUGCGAUUUGCAAAAGGAACUCGAUAACUCCGCCUCGGGUACCGGCCUGGCAUUCAUAAUAUUCACCGAAGCAAUAAAUCAAUUUCCAGGAGCACAAUUCUGGUCCAUCCUAUUCUUUCUCAUGCUGUUCACUUUGGGUAUCGAUUCACAAUUCGGCACAUUGGAAGGAGUCGUAACAUCGAUAGUCGAUAUGAAAUUGUUCCCGAACUUACCCAAAGAAAUUCUUACUGGAGUUCUGUGCCUGAUAUGUUGUAUCAUAUCGAUGAGCUUCGCACAUGGAGCCGGAAGUUAUGUCUUUGUAUUGUUUGAUAACUUCAGUGGAAAUUUCCCGUUACUGAUUAUCGCUUUCUUUGAAUGUAUCGGCGUUUCGUAUGUAUAUGGCUUGAAAAGAUUUGCAGACGAUAUCGAAAUGAUGACUGGAUCGAGACCAGGCCUAUAUUGGUUGAUAUGCUGGAAGUACCUGUCUCCAUUGGCUAUGAUAUCAAUUUUAGCGGCCAGUUUUAUUGAAAUUGCCGUUGAAGGGUCGGGUUAUGAUGCUUGGGUGUCCGAAAAGGGCAUUACAGAAAAACACCCUUGGCCAAUGUGGGCCAUUUUUCUCAUAUGCAGUUUGAUACUGGUGUCAAUUUUGUGGAUUCCUGGAGUAGCAAUUGCCAGAUGUUUCGGUUACGUUUUGAUCGACGACAACGAGAAAGCUUGGUUUCCGGCAAGCGACUUGAAAGACUUUCAUGGCAUAAUGCCUCAUGAAAUUACUACGGCAGAAACUUUGCUCUUCUGUAUCCGAGCAGAUGGCUCUGAAGGACUCUGUUGCCCUACAUAUCAUUCUUAUGAUGACGUUAUAGAUGACGAUUAAAAAUGUGAUGAUGUAACAGUUGUGGUAUACGCACAAAUGUGCUUUGUACUUUUUUUCGCUAUGGUUUUCCAUCAAUUCAUUUGUUUCCAUUCAAGAAAAAAAAAACGUGUCAAUAUAGGCCGAGAAUUUAACUGUAUAGAUAUAAUGUACAGAACGAAUUCGAUUGAUUUUAUGUAACAUAUCGGCCUGGUUCGUAGAGUAACAUUUUCCUAUGCAUUUGGAACUUAUUACUUUUCGGAUACUUUGAAAUGUAGAUUUUAGUUCGAAUUGGGUGUAUCGAAAAUAUUUUAUUCUAUCUAAAAAAACACUUACGGAAACACAAGUUAGACUGCACAAACUUUCAAACAAGUGGCGGGUAAAAUUUGUGAAACUAUUUGUCAAACUAACAUUAUUUUUCCGACGGUAUUUUAAAAUAAAAUAAAAAAAAAACGUUGCAAAUAAAUAAAACUAUACGUCCUGUAGUCCUUGCAAAAUUGCAAAAUGGUAAGAUUAAAGGCAUAAGUUGUCUAAAAAAUUAAGGAAAAUAAAUUGAUGUAACCGGUUAAAGAAUAAGGGUUUAUUUGAAGAACUUCAUAUCUAUUGACACAUAAAAUGCUGAAGGAUAAAACUAGUUUGCAACCGACAUCAAGUAGUUUUCAAGGAUUGAAUCUGAUCAGUUGCUUUGCCCUAUUUACUAGAACUAUUAUUAUAUUUUCUCUAGGCAUCCUCCUUUUAUUACUAAAUAUGUGAAAAAAUCAAAUAUUAUGCCAGCAUAGAAAAUAUGUGUAAAUAUAGAUUAAUUUUUCAAGUACAGGCUGUUGAAUCAACCAAGAAUAACGCCGCACUGAUGUCUGUUAAGAUCCAAAAAAUCACAUUUACGCAUGUAAAAAGAAUAUUUCUCGAUAUGCAGCUGGCGUCUCUGUCCUAGCUAGGGUACCUCAGGCACAUGCUGUAAAAUCAAAAAAUAUAAACUUUUGUUUUCGUCUUGAAGGUGUAAGUUUAGGAGGUGGAAAAGUUUAAAGUAAGCUCAAUUUCUCACCAGAUAAAAAUAAAAUAAAUAUUGUAAGUCCUAUUGCGAAGAGCAGAAGGAAUUAGUAAUGUUAAAUGAAUGAAAAAAAUAUCAAAUUUUUCUACUAAGAGAUAACAUUAUUUUAAUAUAUUGAAACUAAUAUUUGAAUAAAUGGUUACCUAUAUCUCAGCGCAGUAAAGUCGAUUCAAUUUUUUCUCCAUUUAUUAUUAGAUUUGUUCAAAGAAAUACAUCUGACUUAUGAAUAUUUUUUUCACAUGUUUUCGUGAAAUUUUGACUAAAAUCUACAUUACAAGCGCUGUUCCAAACCGAAAAAAAAACAAUGAUUUUGUAUAGGCAACGUUAGCUUUCCUUAAGAGGACAGGGCAAGUGAAAAUAUCAAUCCGUAAUACGUUACAUAUCUUUCAAAAUUGAAUUCCAAGCCGCCCUAAGAAUCUUAAUGUUUCCGUCUGGUUUAUAACGUUAUUUACAAGCUUGAAUAUUCGUAAUAAUUAUAUUAAGAUAGAUAAGAACAAUGAAAGCUUUUCCGUUUGGUUGUUUCAGUCGUCUCGUUUACUUUAUAUUUGAUAGGCAUGCGAAAUAUUUUUAAACCAAUAUAGUAUUCAUUUACUAGCUUUCAGCAAUGAUUUAUUCAUAAUAAUUGUUAGUGUCGUAAAGUAGUAGUUACUGCCUUAGAACAGCAGACGUAACUUUAGAGGCAUUAUGUUCUAGAAAAACUGCCUGGAAAGUAUCUAGUCUCAGUUCUUGCAAUGUAGUUCAUAAGAAACAUUCCCAAUAUCUGCAAGGAAGUACGUUUGUGGUCUUCUUAUUCGGGUUUGUAAAACCUUUUUUCAGUAUAAUAAUUUCCAGAACAUGUUUAAAAUACUUGCAAAUAACUUGAUAAUCAGUUGACUGCAGCAAAAGUUAAAACUGAUUCGAGUAGUUUAUUUAAGAGCGAUUAAAAGGACCGCAAUUGUACUUCUAUCCUCCGUGUUUAUGGACUGAAUGAAUACAAGAUAAUAAACAAGACAAUAAUAAGUUAAGAGAAAUUGAUGUAAUUCAGUUUAUACAACAAUUAUUUGUAUACACAUUACUUAUUAACUGCCACAUGAACUUUCGUUUAUUAGCGAUUUUAAUCUCGGGCCUAAAAAUCGUGGUUAGCAGAAAUCAAUCUCAAAAAUGAUGUACAAACGAAUCCAUCUAUCCGUACCUAUAAAAUCCCAGAAUAUGCAAAGAGGCUCAAUGAAACUCUAUAAACCCCCGAAAUUAAAUCUGGAAACCACCACCACAGGUGAACAGAUGAAAAAAAUACAAUAUAAAUUACUUUUCCAUCUUUUUUGAGAAUGUUUACAAGUACGAAAAUCAUAAAGUUGAAGUAUCAAUCGAGCACGGUUUUAGAAACACAAGAAAAAAUCACUAAUUGGGGUUUAAAAAUAUGAAAUAAAUAUUGUUAUUAGGUAACGAGUGGUAAAAAUUAUUGGUAGAUCCUUGUCAAAACCUCAAUUACUCGACUAUAAAGUAAAAAAUGUACAUAUGUAGUUGUUGUUUAAAAAAUGUAUUUUGUCUCUAUCAAACUAUAAUAUCAAUAAUAACUAAACAAUAAAUUUUACAAUUUUGGUUAAAGCUCUGAAUGUUUAUUAGCCAUUAAAAAUGGUCUAUAAUAAUACAUAACUUUUAUUUGAUUAAAUUGCAUAUGUUUAAUUAUAUUAUUUUACAAGCAUUAUAAUUAGCUUCAUAUUUUCAAAUUAACAGCCUUUAUAGUUUGAAGUCUCUUUUAUUUCGCUAUGACUUUCUAAAAUUGACAAAUUUGUUAGUCACAAAUGUUAUUAACUUAAAUAAGCGGCAAUACCUUUUGGAAAAUUUUUAGUCAAUUUCACUAUUUCAGUCUCGUUUUCUUCGAAAAGAACCGACGAAAAUCUUUUAAUGUUCGCCAGAAUUUAUAAGCUAGAUUUUCAUCGCACAUUGGGGAAACUUUUUGAUAACGAAAACUAUUGUCUUCGUUAAAUAAAGUAAUUGUUUCGUGUAUUAGAAAAUCUUUAAUGCGUUCAACGAUUCUUCGGCUAAUGAACUUUUAUUUAUUUUCUCAAUAACAUCUUUUUCCAGAAUUAUUUAAAUAUGGUCUAAUAAUAAUUCUAUUAAUGACAUUUUUUCGAUAAAAAAUCUACGUAGACUUAAAUAAUAUUGGGGACAAUAAUUUAUAGGGAGGUAAGAAAUGUCCUGAAAAUCUUAUAGAGCAUAAAGUAUGUGAUACAUAUAGAUGCACAAAUAUUAAAUAAUAUGUUAUAAAAUAGGCACUAACUGACCUUAUGUAUUAAAUGUAAUUAAUUGAAAAGUAAUGUUCCCAUUCCAAUGUAAUCUCAUUAGUCCUUGUAGAAUUUAUGUGGGCUAAAUUUAGGAAGAAAUAGAUUAUAAGCCGAAUAAAAAAUCAAUGCAGAUUCUGUAGCACAUCUGAUAUUGAGACUGUUAAUAAUUAAGCUGUUCCCAAACGAGUAAGUGAUAGCAUACUUUCUAUGUUUUGUUAUAUUAAAACUGGUCAUAAUAAAUUUAAGAAUUACCUACUUAUUUCUGGAUUCUUUACAAAACACUAUGCAUAUCUAACAUAUUAAUGGGCAUUUUAGUAUGACAAAUAUGUAUCAUUUAUUAGGUACUAGCAUAGGUCUACAUUAAGUUCAUUGUUUUAUUUCUAUUAGAAGAUCAGCACAGGUCUUGUAGCAACUUAAGUACCGAGUGAUAUUGGACAAAUAAAGAAAUAGUAUUUAGUAGUUAAAUUCGUACUCAACUAUGCUGGUGCAGAGGCAUAAAAUAAUUCCAUUGUAGUGAAAAAAAAUGUCUUGCUAUUUUCUAUUACUAAAACAGUAGAUAAGAACUUGGUCCUAUCAAUUACCAUAUGUGUAUAUUUACUAGAGUGUUAAUGAAAAAUUACAAAAAGAAAAACAUGACAAUAACUUCGGCAUUAAUGCCAAAUAUUAUUAAAUAGUGAAAGUGAACUUGUGAUUUGGUUGUUUUGUGAAUAAAUAACUGUUAUCCAAUAAAAUUAAUUAAAUGUUA